AAGAAAAUAAGGAAGUAGCUACAUAAACUUCAAACCGAAAGUGAUACGCUCAUAUACUGAGUCUUCCGGGAUACCUUCCGUGGACCGAGAGGACUGCAGAGUCAGAGACACUGAAAUAAACAAAGGCUAACAACACAUAAGCUCUAGCUGUUUCUGACUAGCGGGUGAAACGCUGCAAGUACGACAUGGAUGACGACGCAGUAGACAUGGCGUCAGACAACAGUCUGCCAUUAGGAAUUGGGGCUUCUGCCUUCGGGAGUGAAAAUGGGGAUGAAGAGGACGACUUCAUUCCUCAGAGGACACUUCCAUUCACCCUCGGAUACUCCGAUCCUGUGGGGCACUACGUGGAGAGAGCAGAGUCCCCUGCAAAUAGUUAUGCCUCAAUGCAAAGUAACAGCUGGUCAGAAACAAGAGAUGCGCCUGAACAAAGCUGUACACUGGUUCAGUUGGACAGACGGGAUUCGUCUGCUUCUAGCAGUGAAUGCUUUAGUAGUGAUGAGGACAUGAAUCCAGAUGCUGAUCCUGAAGAAAGCACACGGAAGAAGAUCAGGAAGGAAGCUAGCGUGAAACAACCAAAAGCUCCUGCUCCUGUAAAACCAGAGUUGGUAGUAGAUCCAAAUGAGAAAAGGCAUCCAGCGAUGACGGUGAAGUUUGCUUUCGAGGCCCUCACAGUCUGCCUAAAGAAACUUACAAAUGAUGAAUUAAAGCGCUUCAAAAAACUAAUGUGGGAAAGAUAUCCAGAGUGCUUCCGUGAUCCCCUGGAUGGACUUGAUAUUGUGGAUCUGGUGGAUAAGAUGCUGGAGCUCUGUGAUAUUGAGGUGUCUCUGAAAAUCACUCUGGCGCUCUUUAAUGUCAUGAACUUUAAGAAAUUGACUGAAUAUCUACUAGGACUGUGCAAAAGAAACGAAGUGCGCUAUGAGUUGAAGAAGGCUCUGAGGAAGAAGUAUGAGAUGGUGUAUGAGGGUUUUAGUCCGCAAGGACAACCAGUUCCCUUUGAAUCUGUCUAUACAGACCUUUACAUUACAGAUGGCAUUAAUGCAUCAGUGAACAGCGAGCAUGAGUACAGAACAACGAUAGAAGAGCUCCAAGAGACUGGCAAGGUUAACAGGACGCCAAUAUCCGGAAAUGACUUAUUUCCCCCUGAGGCUGGGAGGUCAAGGCACAUUAGGUCGGCAUUAUCCAGAGGAAUCCCAGGAUGUGGAAAAUCAUUUGCAGUGCAGCGCUUCAUCCUCGACUGGGCGGAUGGAAAAGUCCAACCAGAGAUUUUCUUUCUCCUUCCUCUGCAGUUCAAGGAAUUGAACAAGAUGUUGGAAGGAGAGUAUACCCUCCUCUCUCUAGUCAGCGCCCUCUAUCCAGAGAUGAAGGAAAUAGAUACUCUCGAAUUUGAGGGCUGCCGAGUAAUGUUCAUAUUCGACGGCCUAGAUGACACUCAAAUCCUCUUCAAUUUCCGGAGAACAACGUAUUGGUGCGAUACGACCAGGCCUACGACUGUGCAAGUGUUGAUCACCAACCUCAUCAGGGGGAACCUGCUCUAUAACGCCUGCGUGUGGACCAUUUCUAGGGCAGGAGCUCUGGAUGUGAUCCCACCAGAACACGUCCACCAGCUUCUGGAGGUUCGUGGCUUCACUGAUGAACAAAAAGAGGCCUAUUUCAGGAAGACGAUCGAAGACCGAGACCUUGCUGAGAGGGUGAUCGCUCACCUCAAGUCUUCUAAGACGUUGUUUAUUAUGUGCCACAUGCCUCUGUUCUGCUGGGUGGCAUCUAAAGUGCUGCAGCGGCAGUUUCAGUCUCAUCCACCGUCAACAAAGCUGCCCAUAACUCUUACCAAUCUGUACACCAUUAUGGUGCAUCGUCACACUCAAAUAUCUGUUCAGAAACUGCAGAAUGACCCCAGCGAAGACACCAAGGGUCUUACUGCUGAGACUCUGCUCAUUAAGCUUGCAAAGCUGUCCUACAACAUGCUUGAGAAGAACGAGUUUCAGAUAGAGAAAGAGCAUUGGGACGAGGUUGAAUUGCCGGAUUCAUACCCAGCCAUGUCCUGCACCGGUUUCUGCACGGAGUAUUACAGAGAGAAGUACAUGAUUUACACCGAGAAGGUGAGCUGCUUUGCUCAUCCGACCAUUCAGGAAUACCUCGCUGCACUUCAUGUUUUCUACUGUUUCAAGAAACAUGGGAAGAAUGUCCUUGAGCAGAGCAAGCUGAGCAAGGUCUUAAAGGUUUCCUUGUCAGACUUGCUCAAGUGUGCAGUUGACAAAGCAUUAAGCUCCAAGAAUUCCAACUUCGAUAUCUUUCUCCGCUUUCUGCUGGGUUUGUCUGUGGAGGCCAACCAGGAGAUGCUUAAGAGCCUCUUUCAUUUCUCUACCAGUUCUAGCCAGAACGCACGGGAAGAGACAACACGCUACAUUAAUAAGAAAAUAAAAGAAGGCCACUUCCCAGAAAAACAUGAGACCCUUUUGCGGUGCAUUGAUGAACUUAACGCACACUGACGUGUUGGUUAAAAGAGUCUCAUGAUGAACUUCUGAGAGUGAUGCUAUUGCAUUGUUUCUUGCCAAAAGAGAAGUGGUAGAAAUAUAAUCUACCAUCAACAAUCUUGUAGUGGCAUUUUGGAUGUGUUUUUCCAUCAGUAAAAGACAAGUUCUGUGUGAACAACACUAUAAGAAUUGUUCAACCACUUUUUUGGAUUGAUGUGUUAUUGCAUUUGGAUAUUGUUACUGCAGCUUUUGUAUUCAGUACCUUUCAUGGGAAUGUUAGUGUAAAAGUACAUUCAUUUAAAGUGUGGAUAUUAUUCUAUAUCAAGCCUAAACAUGCAUGAAAUACUUGCUUGAGUCAUGCUUGAAAAUAAAGACCUGCUCAAA